UUUCAAUAAAAACAAUGUCACUUAUUUAUCGACACAUUUUCGAUUGCCCAUCACCAAUAUUUAAACAGCUGAUGUUCUAAAACACAGAAACCGGCAACAUUGAUUAAGUAAACUUUAGAUUUUAGAUAAAAAUACAUUUUUUAAGACACAAAGCAAGGCAGAACUUGGCACCCAAAGGGCAAGAAUUAUUAAAUCUUGAAAAGCUUAGUGAUAUAAUGGAAAUUACUUUGGCUCUUAUUAAACCGCACGUUCUGCGAAAUACAUAUGCCAUGCAACAGAUCCGGGCGCUGAUAGCCCAGAAUUUCACAGUGCUCGACCAGAAGGAGGUGCACAUCACAAAGGACAUCUCCGCGAGAUUCUAUGAGGAGCACCGGGGCAAGUUCUUCUACCAUCGACUAACCACUUUCAUGAACAGUGGUCCCUGCUAUGCUCUUAUCCUGCAGUCAGAGGCCUGCAUCCAAAAAUGGCGAGGCCUUCUUGGACCCACCAAGGUAUUCCGAGCUGUAUACAGUGAUCCCAACUGCAUUCGGGCUCUCUAUGGACUGUCCGAUACCCGAAAUGCCUGUCACGGAUCCGACAGCGAAGAAUCUGCCCUGCGAGAAAUCGGUAUCCUAUUCCCAGAAUUCAAACUGGAUGAAGUUAGUCGGGAAGUGAAAAAGAAGACAUAACU